AUGAAUCGUGUGCUGGUGUUUUUUCUUCUCUUGGUGCUGAGCGUUGCUUGUGUGGGUGCCGUGGCUGGUGUGGAGGCUGCAGCUGGGGCUGUUCUUGGAGAGUCUGCUCCUGGUGAACGUCCUGAUGCUGUGGAGGCAAGAGAAGGAUUGGGAACCACACAAGGUCGUCGUCCUGAUUCUGGCAGCAGUGGAACUGAUGGAGACGGUGAUCGUGAUAAUGUUCCGAAGGACCCGAAAGUGGAUGUGGACGUACCUAAGGUGGAGCUGGAGCAAACAAAAAGGGGCGCAGAAGAACGGUAUGCUGUAGAUACUCAAGAAGGUAGAACACCGCCUGAGAGGGGUAAUCAAGCUGGAACAGGUCAGAACCAUCAGCCACCAACUUCUGUUUCUGAAACGAGUUCAACUUCUUCUGAUCCUUCUUCUCCGCCUGGUAGUUCUACUACAUCACGUCCUGCAGAACCCAUAUCUGCUGAUGAAACAAUGACUCAGCAGAAUCCAAGUGGUGCUGGUGCAGAGCACGACAUUAAUCAGAGAGAUAAUGUACAGGGUGGAACAACACAGAACACACACACAACAAGGCCAGAAAGGAAUGAUGGACACGAUACUUCUGCUUCCACAACUCAAAGUACAGGUGACAAUUCUUCCAGUAGUACAGCCACAGAUGAAGCGCAGAAUAAUCAGGCUGAAAGUGACCCUAAUGUUGCAACACCUGCAGAGGGUGAAUCAAACAGUGAGGAAUCAACUACAACAACAACACUUCCUCCUGAACUCACAAACAACAAGAAGGGUGAUGCAGACAGCAGCAGCAGUAUCAGCAGUUCUGUGUGGGUGCGUGUACCACUACUGAUUGUGGUUACACUGACCUGUAUUCUUAUGUGCUGA